UGUUCGUGACGUCACACGCGCCCUACUAGCAACAAGGAAGUAGCGGCGACCAUGUGACCAUAUGUGCAGAGGACAAAGUGAUUGGCAGCAGAGCCUAUCCCAAAAUAUCCACUUUACAAGUAAAGCAUGGAUAGCAUUGUGGUGGCACAGACAGAGCAUGGAGAAUGAUGAAUUUUCGCCAGAGGAUGGGAUGGAUUGGCGUCAGCCUCUACCUCUUUGUGAGUGCUGCUGCUUUUUACUACGUAUUUGAAAUAAAUGAAACUUAUAACAGACUUGCCCUGGAACAUGUACAGCUGAAACCACACGAGCCACACCGAGGGACUACAUGGACACACUCCUUAAAAAUACGUCUGCUCUCCUUACCUUUUUGGCUGUGGGCCGCCCUCUUCCUUAUUCCCUAUUUUCAAGUGUUUCUGUUUCUAUACUCAUGUACAAGAGCUGACCCUAAAACUGUUGGGUAUUGCAUCAUUCCCAUAUGCCUGGCAAUUAUCUGCAAUCGUCACCAGUCCUUUGUCAAGGCAUCAAAUCGGAUAAGCAAAUUGCAGCUGAUUGACACAUAGCCCGCAAAAUAAUUUCCUCAAAGGAGGAAUAAAACCAACCAUGACAGGAAAUCGAGACAAUCUGCUUUAUACUCCAUCAUUUUGCUACCAGAGAGGGCCUGUCUUUCUGUCUCUUGGGGAAUUUUUUAAUGAAUGGCAGGUUGAAAAUGAUAUUAUUGCACUUACUCUUUGCAUCAAAGGGCUAAAAAAAGGUUAUAUUAUACGAACUCCAUUCAUAUAAUGAUAGUAAACCAAAUGGGUGGCUUUCACAAUUUUUAGACAUGGUACUGCUGCAUUUGUCCUUGUCACUGAAGUGAGAGAGGAGCAGUUAGUGGGUAUGUAAGGUUUCAAAAUGAAUGAGGGGAAUAGUAUAUUCUAUAAAUAGGCAACAUUAGAUCUGGACAGUUGCCCCACUGCAGUUAAUAGGAUGUAAAAUGUAGAAAUGGUUGUGAGAGGGCACGGUCAUGUUCCUUUUUGGAUUGUUUACUAGAAAAAAAAUGUUGUGGUGUUUUUGGGAUUACACAGCAUUUCUCUUAUGAAUUAAGGAAUGACAGGAAUUAAAAGGUUUGUGGGUUUGAUUCAGAGGUUUGACACAUUAGAAAUUGUUGCGUAGUACUGUUGCACUCUCCUGUGUACAAUCCUAGUUCUGCUAUGAUUUUGUAUAAUUAAAAGAAAUAGGGGGUUUACAGGAAAUUUUGAAAUAUGUAUUUUGCUUUAUUUUCCUGUCAUUUGACAUUUUCUACUUAAAUUUGGAUUCAUAUUUCGAGGAAAAAUGUUCACAUUGUCAAAUUGUGUGAGCAGGAAACUCUGGGGUUGGGCUUAUUCCAUACCUUGUACAUGGAAUUUUAUGGGAAGCAAACAAUAAAAUAAACAAAAGUUUAACAGUGA